AUGUCCACUCGACUACUACCUAUCCAAGGAGCACCCAUGUAUUACAUUAUUGUACCAAACAACCAUGUUUCUGCAGCCGUGUCAUCACAAACCCCACUACUGGUGAAAUCAAAACCUUCUCCACCUGCACUUAAAGUAAUCCCGAAAGUUGUGAUGGCAUCAAAUACUGUUGGAUCUAGAUCUUCGCCUUCAUUGAAAGUAAUACCAACCAAAGAGCUAAUGAAUUAUCCGACAAGUUUGUCAAAUUUACUUCCUAACCAACCAAUCGCAUUUCAGAGUAAAGGUCCUGUGCCCAAAUAUUACGCUAAUCCUUUCGACUAUACUCCUUAUGUAAAAAACACUUUAUCUUUAACCCACACACAAAAAAUAGCCGAACUAGAGAAACGUAGCCAAAGCGAACGAAAUUUAAUGCAGGAAAAAGCGUUUUCUUGGGUUUGUAAAAUUUGCAAGAAAGAAUUCCACGAAAAAGAACUUCUUCUGGAUCAUUACGAAAUGCACAAGAAUACCACAGAUGAGCUAGGUGAUUUCGAUGAAAAUAACGAUGCAUAUAACAUAAGCAGCAAAGAAAUCACUUGUCCAAUUUGUAUGACGCCGUAUACCAGCAUAUCUAAUUAUCAGUCCCACGUGUCUCAUAAACACAAACCAAAAGACCAUUAUUGUGAGACGUGUAAAUAUAAUUUUACUGACGAUUAUUACUUGAGUCUACACAAUGCCAUCCACAAUGAAGAUCCAGAAUUGUAUGAGUGCGUGGUAUGCAAAAAGUUUAAAACAAAAAUCAGCAGAACGUUGUACGAGCAUAUAAUCAAAGAGCAUGAAAAAGAGGGAAUGUAUUGCAAUGAAUGUGACAAGACGUUCUCAUCUCAGACAUGGUUCGAAAGUCACAAAAUAUUUCACGUAGAAAUUAAUGAAAAAGAUUCAUAUAAAUGUCGCCGAUGUGAGGCUAAGUUUACUACGAACUAUUAUUUGAUGCAGCACAUGCAAGAAUCUCACACCAAAUACAAAUGCAAUGAGUGUGAUGUAACGUUUCCCUACAAGCAAAAUUUAGACGACCAUAACCGACAUUUGCAUGUAACUGCAGAAGAGUUUCUUUGCAAUGAAUGCGGAAAAACGUUUACAAAGAUAGCCAAUCUUAAGACUCACGAAUCUACGCAUCAAAUAGGAAAGUACGUUUGUUCUGUUUGUGGUAAAGUGUUUAAAAAAACCGCAAACCUUAAGGUUCAUUUUAGGAUUCACACCGGGGAAAAACCACACAAAUGCCGGUUCUGUGAUAAAUCUUUUUCCCAGGCAUCAACUGUUAAGAUACAUAUGCGAAUCCAUACCGGGGAGAGACCAUAUUCCUGUUCCAAAUGCAACAAAGGGUUUAUUUCCAGAAACUUGAAAGGUACCCAUGAGAAGAAAUGUAAUAAUUUCAAAUAG